GGUUUUAUAUGCUAAUGUGAGGAUUCUUGGACUCGUACACGGGAUCGCUUUGGUGGGGGUACACGUAUAAAAGGGAACCAAGCAGCAGUAUUCCCUCUGAAAGGAUCGAGACGUCGGUUAACAAAGACGUAGGAUAAUCCAAAGUUUCGGUAAAAAUCUCUGCAAAGUAUUAGGAGGCUCUGAGAAAAAACGCCAAAAUGUCAAAGCUAAACCCACUGUUGGCGUUUUGCUUCGCGCUUCUCUGUUUCUCCAUCAACAUCGAUGCCCAAUCGUUGAUCUUCACGAAAAAAUACUCGAUAGAAUAUUUCCAACUGAAUCAAGAUUUCGUCGUCAAGUCCAACAAUAGCAUCAUGAUCGUCGGCGUUUACAAUAAUUUUGUAAACAUGACGACGCUCGAGGGAGACGUGAUAAAUAUCUGCGAAUAUUCUAUUCCGCCUGAAGAGGCCUUCUUCGGAAUAAACGAGGCAGUGGCCUUGGGAAACGGCAAAAUCGUUGUUAACAACUGGUUGAACAUGCAUGAAGUAAUCGAGCGGAGCUUGAUUGUCAUCGUCGAUCCCCACAACUGCUCUAGCACUAAGACUCUCGUCAUGGUGCAAAAAGAGGGAGAGCGCCUCGGAAUAAAGUUUUUAGUCCCGUAUCACGAUAGCUUCGACCUGUACUUCUGGAACAAUACGAUCGCUCGUUACAGCGACUCGGGCGAACGGAUCCACCUGGAUUACCAACUGGACGUAGGGCCCAACAGCCGAGAAGAGUACCUCCGGCCGGUUAAGCCGUACGAUCCAUCCGAGGGUUACUUCUUCAGUCAGAUCAUCUAUGAUAACAGCACGCGGUUGAAACGCCUCGACUCCAGGUUCCAGACGAUCAAGGAGACGUACUUUGCACCCGACGUGCGAGAAAUCUCGACGACUUACAACAAGGUCAGUUUCUGUAGACAGUACGAAGAUCGAAAGGUGGACCAAUGGCACAGCUCUUGCUACUUCUACGAUGCCCAGAAUCUGAGUAGACGAGCUUCGGUCCAGAUGUACGGGGCAUCGAGUGACUUCCAGCUAUCGCAUGCCGUGAUAGCCAACCUGCCGGAUGGUAGCUCUCUCGUCGCUCUCAGUUUUGAACUUGGUUGGUUCGCGGACGAAGGUUACGCAAAGGAGUAUUACCUACAGCGAGUCUACGCGGACGGAACCACGGGAAAACCCGUUUUCGUCGAUACAUACUACAACACGAUCGAACAUGUCAGCCGGACAAGCAUGAUUUUGUUGGACGGAGGCGAGCUCUGCUUGAUCGUCCAGGAUCUUUGGUUUGAAUACCGUCGUAUGAAGAGAAGGGUCAACACCAAAUGUUUCAUUUUGGACUGAUGCGAAUGUGUUUUAUUUAUUCUUUUAUUCAACAAGAGCGACGAGUGAAAAAUUCAUAAUUUUGUAGAGAAGAUUUAGUUAAAAGCGUCAUUGUCGCGCGGAGAAGAGAGAGUAAAAAUCACACGUAUAAUCACUAGAGAAAAAAUAAAGAAAUAAGCUGUGAUAAAAAAUAUGUGUUGGAAGCUUAGUUUUUAAAAAGUUUGCGUUUGAAAAUAAAGUAGAAAAAAAUCUUAUAUAUGUCGAUUUUAAACGAAAGCCAGUGAUUUUCCUUUUUUCAAAAAUUCGUCGGCUGAACUCGGUUCAACGUAAGCGUAUCCAGAAAUUUUAGUUGUACCGGAAAAAUAGAGACUUUCGUUACAAAAAAGAUAAAUACAAAUAAUGAAAAAGAAUUUUAAAAAAUUUCAAGUGGCAGCGGCGUGACUGCUGAGGUGCGUUAUAUAUAUACACUAUUUUUGUUUGGAGUCGUUCAAAUACAGUUACGGUAAAUGUAAAGCACAUCAUUUUCCAUACGAAUUUUAUAAAUAUAAUUAUCAUGUAAAUCUAUACGAAUAAAGAUAUUAUAUCCGAGUUUUUUAAAAUACAAUAAAAUUCUUCUAAUUCCUUUUUAAUUUAAUUGACGAUGUGAAAUAUGAGAAAAAUGCAAACGCAUAAAUAACAAAAUCGACACUUUACGAAGCACAGGGGAUGCGGGUUUUAGAAGGUAUACGAAAAUGGGGGCGGGCAAAAGCGCAGUAUUAUAUACGCAGGCAAAUAAAGGAUUAGAGUGAGAGAAAAAACUUUUUAAUAGAUAUUGAAUGACUACAGACUUGCAAUGAAGUAAAUUUUAUUUACUUCUACCGUCGAUUGAAUUCAUGUAACACAAUGAUCUCAAAAUUAUGAAUACACGUAAACAUAAAAUCAAAAUAUCGUCGAAGACUUAAAAUGUAAAUUGUAUGUAUUAACGACUACUUAAAUUACCUUUUGAUAAAUAAAGAAA